AUGUCGGCAGCCAUCACUUAUGAAGGACUGCCCGGUGGCCAAUUAUUCAAGGGCAUAAAGUUUUGGGUCGCACAGCGGGUUGCCUGUCGAAAGUCCUUGCUGGAUUCUAUCUCGAACAAUCGCCACACUUAUCAAUCGUGGAGAGAUCGCUGGGUCAAGAAGCUCUCUUUUUUGUCCCAGGAGGAACUGCAAAAGAGGAUCAUUAGCAGCACCCCGGCUCAGCUGCCGGAACAGCGUGAUGCACAAGCGCAGCAUCAACCAAGUGGAAGUCCGAUUCAACAACCAAAAUUGCAGAAUCUGGAGAGCACUACGCAGCUCAAAGAACUCGCGUCAUCCUGGCCUCAAGGCCAGUGGUGGCACUCCGAUUACCCGCUCGAGGAGCCUGUUCAGCAGCGCACGGUCGAUUCCAUGCUGCGGGUUACCAAAUACGUCUUGGAGGCCGACGAUCGACUGGACGACCUCUGGAAAGAGGACGGCAUCUUGUCACGCCUAGCGCGCACCAAAGGCGCCGGCCUGCUGACUCGUACUGUCGCCGAUGCAGCGCGCCAGGAGAUCAAGUCUCAUUACCGAAAUCAGCUGGAGCGUGCAGUUAGUUCUCCUGCUGAGCCUUGUGAACUUCCAGAGUCACAGGCCGAUGCGCAGAUGGCGAGCCCUCUAGUAUCCCGUCUACGUGAUCAGUCUCCUCGCAACAGUCUGCCUAAGUUGUCCAAGAAUGAGGCACCGCAGUCAUCGCAGAGAGCCCGAUUUACGCCGGAACAUGAUAUUUUGAUAGCUAAGAGUGUCAAACGUGCAGCGAGGCAAGGCAUACAGGCCGGCCCAAAAUGGUUUCAAGAGUUUGCUGUAGAGGAAAACGCCCCCCCAAACGACAAACGUCGUGGUGUGCGACGAACAACCACGAGCCCCGAGAGGGUGGAGGAUGUCAUUGAAGUUAAAGAUGUGCAGACCGAGCCUCCUUCCCCAGAGCUCGAUGACGACAGAAACGAAUUUCUUGCCAACAUAGCCGCAUACUCUGAGGUCAUGGAACUCGCCAUCGACUUGCAGCCCAAGAUAUGUAGACAGUCAGUGGAUCUUUACCUGCUACACGUAGCUGUCGAGGCCUACCGAGAUCCAGAUGGUGAAGAGGACUGGCAACAAGUCGCGGAACAGCUUGGGUUCACACGUGGUCAGUAUCCGAAUGCCGCGAAGCUUCUGCGUAAAUGUUACGAAAACACUUUGCGAGACUUCGUCAAUACCCUCCAAGAACCCGACAGCCAGAGCAACGCCGAAGAGGGUAUACCAGACCCUGCUGAUGGAAAUGGCGCGAUUAUUUCUGGAGCAAGUGACCCUGAGAUAUCACCAGAAGACGACGAGGGGCAAUGGCACUCGCAGGAGAUUUCGCACCAUAACACUGGUUCUACAGCAGACUUGAGUGCUGCAUCCGGGCGAGGUUCUUUGGGUGCCAAGAGGAAUAGAACUACUGAUAUGAUCCAUGACGCCUCAGUUCUUGGCAGCUCAGCGCACAAACGACAACGGAGAAGUAGGGAUGACGAGAUUCCCUCCACCCCGGAUAAUGUUUCGCUGGCCUCCAAAGUAGAUGGAACUAACUUGGGGACUCGUUCCAAAUCCAACUCUGUGAUUCGCGGCCUUGCCGCGAGAGACGAGGUGUACGACUCGCUGGACACGGGUGACGAUGAAAUCACACCAUCACAGCAACUUCAACAAGAGGCAACGGAUGAUUCACCGAUACCUCUUAAUCUGCCUCUCAGGGAUUCCGCUCGCAAACGACAUGAGAGCAAGCCUGAUAGGAAGGGGGCUGGGGAACAUGACCUCACAAUAGGUACCAUAAAUCGAGGAGUGAACAGGAUUCAUGAAUGGUCGGCGAGCGUGGCUAAAGCACACGAACGAAACAAUGAAGUUCGACCAGCUCUCGAGACAGACCAAGACGCUGACGAGGUCGCGAGGAAGGUGGAGUAUUACGAAUCAUUUGGAUACUCACGCAAGAUCGUUUGUCGAGCACUGACAGCAACAUGCAUGGAAACCGGAAUAGCCAGCGAAGUUAUGGAGAUGCUGAAGACACACCCAAACCAGGGGUUGCCUACCAACAUGAUGGGGGUGUGGACGUCAAAAGAUGACGAAGGACUUAGAUUCAUCUGCGGUGAGCCGUACUCCGACCCCAAGAUCGAACGGGACCGGUCACACAAUGUGGGGAGGGAACGAAGGAGACUGGAGCAUAAACAUGGACGCAACAGGAUCGCGACCCGGAUCGAGUUCCUCGCCAUCACCCGGCACGAAGCAAGACGGAAGAGGAUGGAGACUUUGCCGAUACCCUGA